AGCUUAAUUAAUGCAACACUCCACACUGAAUUCUCACUUCUCUCUCUUUAAGUUCUCAACAAUUAGUCAGCCAGUCUCACUAUCCAGAUUCCAAAUCGACCGAUCCAGUUUAAUGACGAAUGUCUUAUCCUUCACCCCAACAACUCCUCUUCUCCGCCACCUCUCCGUUUUCUCUAUCCUGCGCCGUCGCCACAACCCCACCACCCUCAAGUCCCCACCACAUACCCUCUCACAGUCACCUCUCCGCUGUGCGCCGCACCCUCCCCCACGCCCCUCCCGCUCCGCUUCCGCUCUACCCGCCCCCGCCGAUGGCCUCAUGCAGGACGCCGGAGCCACCGCCGUCGUACUCGCCGGCGCCUACGGCCUCGUCCUCUGCUUCGAUAAUCUCACGCAGCGAAAUCUUCUCCGACAGAAUUUAAGCAGAAAAUUGGUGCAUAUAUUAUCUGGGAUAUUCUUCAUGCUUUCCUGGCCAAUUUUCAGCACCUCAACCGAUGCUCGUUACUUUGCCUCUGUGGUUCCCCUUGUCAAUUGCUUGAGGCUUCUUCUUCACGGCUUCUCCUUGGUCACCAAUGAAGGACUCGUCAAAUCUGUCACGAGAGAAGGAAAUCCAAAGGAGUUGCUUCGAGGUCCUUUGUAUUACGUUCUCAUAUUGAUCUUAUGUGCUCUUGUGUUUUGGCGCGAGUCUCCCGUUGGACUGAUCUCCUUGGCAAUGAUGUGCGGCGGGGAUGGUGUUGCUGAUAUCAUGGGGAGAAAGUUUGGGUCGAUAAAGAUCCCUUAUAAUCCAAAAAAGAGUUGGGCUGGUAGCAUAUCGAUGUUUCUUUUUGGGUUCUUGAUUUCCAUGGGGAUGCUCUAUUAUUACUCCUUUCUGGGAUAUUUCGAACUGAAUUGGAUCCAGACAGCUGAAAAGGUAGCGUUCGUUGCUUUGGUGGCAACACUUGUGGAGUCCCUCCCAAUUACAGAGGUAUUAGAUGACAACGUAUCUGUUCCAUUGGCAAGCAUGGCGGCUGCAUAUUUGAGUUUCUCUUUGUAGCUUUGUUUCUUCUACUCCAAUUCAUCUCCCAAAUUCCAUAUCGUCUGGUUCGAUGAUUCAUUCCUUACUAUCAGGGUGCCAGGGCGACCGUCCGGGACCUCAAAAAAUCGGGGGCACCCAAAUUAUUAGGGUAGUGUAUUCAUAUAUGUUUCUGAAAGCGUGUAAAUUAAAAAAAAAAAUUGGUUAAUUCAUCAAGUAGGUUAGCUGUUUUGUUCGAACUAUUCUCUGUACCUUUUUCUUUCUAUUUUUACUUAUUUUUGUUUGAUUGUUAAUUUCUUUUCCAUCUUAUAAUUUGGUUAAUUCAACAAGAGGGUUAACUAGA